AGGAGAUUCAGGGAGAUGGUUCGAAAAACGGGGAGGAGAGCGAACGACUAUCAACAACAUCCUCUUCUGUGUCAGUCAGAACCCUUGCAGGACAUGCAGCGAAGAGCCUUCCAUCCACAUCUUCCUCUUCAAUCUCCUCCUCCACUUCCUCUCCUUCUGGCAAAGCAAAGAUGAGUGUUUUUGGUCCUGGAAGUAAAGCUCUCCUGCCACCUCCCUCAUCCUCCUCUCCGCCUCCUGUCCCUGUCCAGACAGUAAAGAUACACCGUGCUCGCAAGACUAUGAACAGACCUCCACCAACACAGGUGAGUCUUCUAAGACGAUUGCUGGUAGUAGUGCUAUAUUUUUUAGGAUAGCCACUUAUACAGUGAUGUCAAUCAAAAAAGGCAUAUCUUAUGUUUGAGUUAGUAUGUUGAAAAUCAGAGUAUUUUACCAUUCGGAAGUAAUUUUAUUCCUGUCACAUUAUCCCCUUCAUGACCAUCUGAUCCAUUGAGUUGUUGCCUUUCAGAUGAGGUGCAUCGAGUCACCAAUCGUGCCAGUCAACCCCACAGACCCCACGACCAGCUUCGCGACAGACAGUGAUACUGGUCAAUGUUGAAAUAUUGUAUACAUUUAGAUUGACUUGAAUGAAAGAUUUACCCAUUUUGAAUGUUAUAUCGUAUUUGAGCGAUGUUCUAUUGAUUCCCAGGGUCAUUUCAUGUGUAUCUGAGCUAUUCACUGUUUAAGCAGGCAGAAAUAUAGCCGGUACGAUGUGUUUUUCCCCGAGAAUCAGAGAUGCACGAAUGUAAUAGAACAUUUUCAAAUGGGUGAAUCUUUUUUUUAAUGUUUGUAUGUAAGAUUACUUACUGUUGAGUUUGAAUCCUGGCACGUUAUUUUUGUCUCUUACUCGGCAGCAGCAAAAAGGAGAAGGUUGGUCCAGGCAGAAAUCGCUAUAGGCACAGAGCAGAAGGGAGAUCAUGUACUCCGAGAGGCGGCGAGACGGCGUGACAGUUGGCUGGAGGAUGCAGAUGAGAACGAGUUUCUUCUCUAUAACCCCUAUGCAAGAGAUGACACGGACCCAGCCUUCUCCGACUGCAAGUCUGAAGAUGGUGGACUAGAGGAAAGGCUACAUGAAAGAGAUGCAGAUGCAUCUGGUAACAUGUCAGAUCAUAGCUCAGAGUCGGACCCACAGAGGCAGGGCCAGAGGAAUGAAGGGAGCAGUGAUUCGCCAUGGACUCGCCCAGGGCGAGGCAAAGGGAGAGAGAGAGCCGAAGGAGCAGAGGCAGGAAGAGUGUCGGCAGCAGCUACUUUUGGUGGCUCCUGCGAGUACACAGAGGUUGCCUUGGGCUCCCUGGACAUCGUGGCAACAGACAACCUAACACUCUCACCUCACCACGGCAGUGACGCUGGGGAGACGGAGCGUCUGGAGGAGCUGCCUCUGUGUAGCUGCAGGAUGGAGGCACCACGCGUAGACAGCGCCAGCAGACAGCCCAACAGACUCUGCAUGGCCACAGAAAGCGUGAACGGAGAGCUGGUGGGCUGUACCAAUAUCAUUCAGAAGGGGGAGACCAUGCGGCCGUCCAGUCGGGUUUCCCUCAUUGUGCUGUGCGAAAACCAUCGGUCACAUAUGGUCAAACAUCACUGCUGCCCUGGAUGUGGAUACUUCUGUAUCGCAGGCACCUUCCUAGAGUGCUGUCCGGACCAGCGCAUCGCCCACCGCUUUCACCGGGGCUGUGUGACAGUGCUGGGGGCUGGAAGGGGCAGGGGCAUGGGCACAGGCAUGCUCUUCUGCCCCCACUGUGGCGAGGAUGCCUCGGAGGCCCAAGAGGUCACCAUCCCACCCCCAGCAUCCGUGGCCACUGUGGUCACCACUUCCGCCUCGUCCACCACCACACUGUCCCUCCCAGCCCCCAUCCCCUCUGACCUCUCUCUGGUGGCCUCCACAUGGCCGCUGAAGAACGGGAAGAGGCCGGUGGGUCCUAUCAGUGCGAGGAUGCGUGGGGUGGUAAAGAGAGACCAGGAUCAGCGCCCCCCCCAAACCGCUCUGGCAGCAGGGACUGUCAACGCAGCCCCCCCAGGCGAGGGGGGAGUGGACAGUGUGGGACCCUCCCUCUGUCUGCCCAAUGGGAAGCCAGUCUGUCCCAGUGCACUUCCCCCUGGGCCCAGUAGGGCGGCGCUGCAGAAAGCCAUUCUCACCCAGGACACUGAGAAGAGGAAGAAGCUGAGGUUCCACCCCCGCCAGCUCUAUCCAGCUGCCAAGCAGGGUGAGGUGCAGAGGGUUCUGCUCAUGCUCAUGGAGGGCAUAGACCCAGCCUACCAGGCUGACUCCCAGAACAGACGCUGUGCUCUCCACGUUGCCGCCCAGAGAGGCUUGCUGGAGGUCUGCUACAUGCUGGUGCAGGCAGGUGCUAAACUGGACAUCCAAGACAAAUCCAUGAGGACCCCUCUCCUGGAGGCCAUCGUCAACAACCAUGUGGAGGUGACCAGGUACCUGGUCCAGAGUGGAGCCUGCGUCUAUCACAUUGAAGAAGAUGGCUACACUGGUCUCCACCACGCUGCCAAACUGGGCAGUCUGGACAUUGUCACCCUUUUGUUGGAGACGGGACAGGUGGACAUCAAUGCACAGGAUAGUGGAGGCUGGACUCCUAUCAUCUGGGCUGCAGAGCACAAGCACAUCAAGGUCAUCAGAGCACUGCUUAACAGGGGGGCUGACGUCACCCUCAAAGACAAGGAGAUGAACGCGUGUCUCCACUGGGCGUCCUUCGCAGGCUGUGUGACGAUAGCAGAGAUGGUGCUGAACGCCGGCUGCCCACUGUCUUCUGUCAACAUGCACGGGGACACUCCCCUACACAUCGCUUCCAGGGAGGGCUUCCUCGAUUGUGUAACGCUCUUCCUCUCUAGGGGGGCAGACAUCGACAUCAUGAACAGGGAAGGGGACACCCCUCUUUCUCUGGCGCGUUCCGAUUCGCCCGUUUGGGUGUCACUCCAGAUAAACAGGAAGCUGCGGAGGGGGAUAGCCAAUCGUAUGCUUCGUACAGAGAAGAUCAUCAGCAGUGACGUAGCCCAGGGGUAUGAGAACGUGCCUAUCCCCUGUGUGAACGCAGUGGAUGAUGAGGGAUGUCCCUCAGACUACAAGUAUGUUUCAGAGAACUGUGAGACUUCAGCCAUGAACAUCGACCGCAACAUCACACACUUACAGCACUGCAGCUGCACAGAGGACUGCUCCUCCAGCAACUGUCUGUGUGGACAGCUCAGUAUCCGCUGCUGGUACGACAAGGACCACCGGUUGCUCCAGGAGUUCAAUAAGAUCGAACCGCCUCUCAUAUUUGAAUGUAACCUGGCUUGCUCCUGCUACCGCACCUGCAAGAACAGAGUGGUGCAGGCGGGCAUCAAGGUGCGUCUCCAGUUGUACCGAACAGAGAAGAUGGGAUGGGGAGUUCGGGCUCUACAGGACAUUCCCCAAGGCAGCUUCAUCUGCGAAUAUGUAGGAGAACUGAUCUCUGAUGCAGAGGCAGAUGUAAGGGAAGAUGACUCCUACCUCUUUGACCUGGACAACAAGGACGGGGAGGUGUACUGCAUCGAUGCCCGUUACUACGGUAACAUCAGCCGCUUCAUCAACCACCUGUGCGACCCCAACAUCAUCCCAGUGCGGGUGUUCAUGCUGCACCAGGACCUGCGCUUCCCCCGCAUCGCCUUCUUCAGCUCCCGAGACAUACUGACAGGACAGGAGCUUGGGUUUGAUUAUGGAGACCGCUUCUGGGACAUCAAGAGUAAAUACUUCACCUGCCAGUGUGGAUCAGAGAAAUGCAAACACUCAGCGGAGGCCAUCGCCUUGGAGCAGAGCAGGCUCGCUCGACUGGAGACCUGCCCAGAAUUGGAUACUGACCCUGGGCUUGCCAUGCUAGGAAACUUCUAGGCUUCCCCUGCGGCUUGGUGCAUGUAUUUCUCCAUUUCUACACUCUUACAUUUCGUAUGAAUUUGUGCAGUUAUUGUUUGUGUGGUAAUCGAGCCUUAACUUUGUCCACGUAUCUGAUAUAAAUGACUGAAAAAGGUGUCUUCUGUGUAAGACCCAUACGUACAGUAUUUUUUUAAACUAUAAUAUUGCUAUGCCUCUUUGCCAUGAGACAUAAGUGGCACUACAGCAUGCUAUGAAAUGCCAGUUACGCUCACCACAUGCUGUGCCAAAUACAUACUGAACAAUUCAUUUCACAGUACUCUACCAUGAUACUGUCAACUUGUUAAGUAAUUGAAAAAGUUACCGACAGCUGACUUCCGAGUAGUAUUGAAGUCUGCUUUUAUACAAAAUGUACGUUGUUUUGUCAUUUAAUACAAUUUAUUAAAAUUUUACAAAUGGAUCCACUGUCA